AUGGACUUUGAGUCUGAUCUUCAUCCCGCGCCCACCCCAACAUCCCCCUCUUCCACCUCGGGCAGCAUGAGCGCCCCACUCUCCAACGCCCAAGCCUCAUCCUCCGCCUCCGCGUCCUCGGCCGGCCCAUCCCGCUUCGCCUCUAUCACCCCAUCCAGCAUGUCCCCAACCCCCAGUGGCUCCUCCCACCCGUACCGCGGUCACUCGCAGACCAGCCGACCCGCCUCCCGCACGCCCAGCGUCAGCCCCCCCAAGGUCAAUCUCCCCAAGUCGCAGCCGCUGUCCAGAGCGCUGUUUGCCAGGAUGGCCAUGGCCGAGAUUCCCCACGCGGGCAUGUCGAAUAGUGCGAACGGAGGAGGGAUGAAGAAGGUGCCGGGGAAGCAGAAGAUGAUUGUGGCUACCAAGCCAAUGCGGACGACGUUUGAGCUGGGGUUGACAUCGAGCGAGUUGGCGAGGCGGGCUUAG